AUGUCCGACAUGCCCAAAGAGUAUGCUGCAUGCUAUCUUGCUCACCUGUCGACAGACCGAUAUCUUGCUGGUAUCACAGAACGCAACAGGACAGUGCCUUAA